AUGCGAAUGUUAGGUUAAGUUUAUCUGAUUUUCAUUGAUCUUGCUAUUCCGCGAAAAGUGGAACGCUCGACGAUACGAGCAUCCACAUUAUCGCUUUCCGAGACUGCUUCGAGAGAUGUGGCUAACGUAGAUAAUCCGUCCUUAUCUCUAACCUUGAAAAAAAACCACAGGUGCAACCGCUUGGACGUAGCGAUCGCGCGAGGUCACCUCGUGGAAAUUUGAUCUCGCCUCGAGAACAGGAAUAUGCACGUUUCGUCGGGAUACUCCUUAGCGAUCGCACGGUAGAAGCUCGAAUAACCCGAGACUGGCACACUCGGCGACAUGGCGAUGUUUAAUUCCUUCCGCUCGGCGCGGAGCAAGCUAGCAGUGGCCGGUUUUAGACGUUUAUGGACUUGUAGGGCUUUGCUGGCCGAUCAGUCUGAAAAUGAUAAUAGUAGAAAAGCAGAAUCGCAGCAAUCUAUUCAUGAAGAGAACGACGAGGAGUAUGAGAAAAAUAUUAAGAUAAAAAUACUUGACGCUUCUUUAAAAUUUGUUCCCGACGUGGGAUGGAGCAAACAGGCUAUCAGUGCUGGUGCUGAGUCGAUCGGAUAUCCGGGCGUGAUACACGGAUUAUUUCCAAACGGUAGCGCGGCUUUAGUACAGUAUUUUUAUUCUACGUGCAACCGGGAAUUGAAUCAAAUUCUGGAAAAAGAGGCGCUAGCCAUCAAAGCAAAUUCCUCGAGUUCACAGAAGACGCCGGAACAACAGAUUUACGAUGCCGUGGAAAUACGACUGAGAAUGGUGAUCCCCUACAAAAAAACCUGGCCGCAAGCAAUGGCUAUUAUGUCCCUUCCGCCGAAUGUACCGACCGCCUUGGCAAAUUUAUUAACUCUAGUCGAUGAUAUCUGCUACUACGCCGGCGAUAGGUCCGUUGAUAUUAACUGGUAUACCAGGAGAAUGAUAUUAGCGGCUAUUUAUAAAGCCACUGAAUUGUACAUGUUGCAAGAUACAAGUGAAGACCAUAAAGAGACUUGGUUGUUCCUAGACAGGCGAAUAAAAGAUACUUUACAAAUACAAACACUGCUGUUCAACUCAACCAAGCCAGAUGAAGCCUUAAAUCGUGUUACAGAGACGGCUACAACUGUUUUUAUAACGGCUCGCAAUAUACUUGGAUUGAAUAAAUGAAAGCAGCUAAAACAGAUUAAUAAAAGAAGAUUUUAGGAAACGAGAGGUUCUAUGAAUGUUCUCAAAUAAGUGUAAUUAAAAAUCUUUUAUUAAAAUUAAGAAAGAAGUUUAUUUGGGAAAACCUAAUUUUCUAUUAAAAAACCAAAGUUAAGAAAGGAAACAUUAGCACAUAGAGCUAAUUUAUUUUACACAGUAAUAUAUUUUAACAAAAUCUGUACAAUAAAAUAGGUAGCAAAUCUAUAUUAUCUUCAUGCAAAAUAUAAAGAUAUAAAUGUUGAUUACUGUAUCAACAUUUUUUUUAACAAUA